CAGCGCACUGGCAUUUAAAUCUGCUGCAGUACAUGUGGAAGCCUGUCAUCGUGGGAGAAUCUUCUCUACUUCAGGAUUUGGCUGUUGUUUUCUUUUCUCUUUCAAAAUAGUGACAUUGUAUCGCGUGUGUUUGUUGCACAAUACAAGAUGAUACAUUGCAUCAUCUAGAGGCGCAAGGUUUUAUUCCAACAACAAAGACUGAAUGAUAUUUCGGCUGCCUAUUUUGGCCAUGUUUUUGACUAUAACAUAAGCAGAAUAUUCUGUAAUACAUCAUAUUUUGCAGUUAUGCUCUAUUCGUCUGUGCAUUUUGUGUCGUGAAUGGCCUAGAGACGCGGGAACCUUUUCAAUGAAGAAUGUCAGUAUAAUAGUUGGACUCUAAAAUAAAUCGACGUCAGCAAAAUUCAGUUUUGCACUAUCAUCUCCAGCGUCGUUCAUCUGUAUACACUACAAUUCUCCAAUUCGUUUGUGCAUUUCUAAAAUAAAAACAGAAAUAUAAUAUAAAGUUGCCUAUACUUGAGUAGCAUCAUGUUCAGCUGGUUGGGUACCGAUGACAGAAGGAAGAAGGAUCCAGAAGUCUUCCAGACUGUCAGUGAAGGACUCAAGAAGCUCUACAAAACCAAACUGCUUCCACUGGAGGAACACUACAAAUUCCACGAGUUUCACUCACCCGCCUUGGAGGAUGCAGACUUUGACAAUAAGCCCAUGGUUCUCCUGGUGGGACAGUAUUCCACUGGCAAAACCAGCUUCAUAAGAUAUCUCCUGGAGCAGGACUUCCCUGGUAUGCGGAUUGGUCCAGAACCCACGACUGACUCCUUCAUAGCAGUGAUGCAUGGCACCAUGGAGGGACAAAUUCCAGGAAACGCACUGGUGGUGGACCCCAAAAAACCCUUUCGGAAACUCAAUGCCUUUGGCAAUGCCUUUCUUAACAGAUUUGUGUGUGCCCAGCUGCCCAACCCUGUUCUGGAGAGCAUCAGUGUGAUUGACACUCCAGGAAUCCUGAGUGGAGAGAAACAAAGGAUCAGCAGAGGUUAUGACUUUGCUGCCGUGUUGGAAUGGUUUGCUGAGCGUGUGGAUCGCAUCAUUCUGCUUUUCGACGCCCACAAGCUGGACAUCUCGGACGAAUUCUCAGAGGUCAUCAAGGCUCUCAAGAAUCACGAGGACAAGAUCCGCGUGGUGCUCAACAAGGCCGACCAGAUCGAGACGCAGCAGCUGAUGCGUGUCUACGGUGCCCUCAUGUGGUCACUGGGAAAGAUUGUAAACACGCCCGAGGUGAUCCGUGUCUACAUUGGCUCGUUCUGGUCGCAUCCAUUGCUGAUCCCGGACAAUCGCAAGCUGUUUGAGGCAGAAGAGCAGGACCUGUUCAAGGACAUCCAGUCACUGCCACGCAAUGCUGCCCUCCGCAAACUCAACGAUCUCAUCAAGAGAGCUCGCCUCGCUAAGGUUCAUGCAUACAUCAUUAGCUCAUUGAAGAAAGACAUGCCCACAGUCUUUGGGAAAGAUAACAAAAAGAAGGAGCUGAUUAACAGCCUGGGAGAAAUCUACAGCCGCAUUGAGAGAGAACACCAGAUUUCCCCGGGAGACUUUCCCAAUCUGAAGAAAAUGCAGGAGCAGCUUCAGGCACAUGACCUGAACAAGUUCCAACCUUUGAAGAUGAAGCUACUGGACAACGUUGAUGACAUGCUGGCCCACGACAUCGCCCAACUCAUGGUGCUGGUGCGGCAAGAGGAGACCCAGCGCCCCAAACAGGUGGUGAAGGGCGGUGCCUUUGAGGGCACCAUGAAUGGGCCAUUUGGUCACGGCUAUGGCGAGGGAGCCGGCGAGGGCAUUGACGAAGUGGAGUGGGUGGUGGCUCGUGACAAACCCAUGUACGAUGAAAUCUUCUACACUCUUUCGCCCGUCAACGGCAAAGUAACUGGUGCCAAUGCCAAGAAGGAGAUGGUAAAGUCCAAGCUGCCAAACACUGUGCUGGGUAAGAUUUGGAAGCUGGCUGACAUUGAUAAAGAUGGAAUGCUUGAUGAUGAGGAGUUUGCCUUGGCUAACCAUCUCAUCAAGGUCAAACUAGAAGGUCAUGAGCUUCCAAGUGAACUCCCAUCUCAUCUUGUUCCACCUUCCAAGAGAAAAGUUCCAGAGUAACAUACAUCAUGAUUGACGUGGUUCGGAAUUGGGAUUUAUUUUUUGGAAAAGCAGAUGUUGUGAAUUCGGGCUGCAAUUCAUUUCUUGUGGAAUGGAAGAUGGCUGGACAACUUUUCUUCUUAUCAUACUGUAUACAGUAGAAGAAAAGCAGUGACUCUUCUGAAAUAUGUGAUUAUGUUGUAGUAGAAAGAAUGGAUUUAAUAUGAUCCACCAACAAACUGUAUAUGUUUUUUAUUUAGUUUUGUUUUAUUAAUUAAUUUUUAUGAACAAAUCAUGUUGUCUGCAGUGAUAAAAAUCAUUGAUGACUUGCACAUUUUUAUGGCACAAUUUCACAUGCUUACAAUGGUAUUUCGCUCAUCUGUUCAGCUAUUAUCACUCUAAAGCCAGAUCAUUCGUCCAUCUAUUUUAUUUCUGUUCAAUUAAAACUUCUGUCUCAGAAGAGAGGAGAUAUUAAUUAAAACAGGAAGAAAAUGUCAACCUUAGGCCUGUUUCACACAUUUUGUGUCUGCAGUACGUAAGCAGAUAUAACAAUUUCAGUGCUGAGCCUAUUUUUGCUGUGCGUUGCAUGCUGAUUUUGGUAAAAAUAUGGUAAUAAUGCACUGUAAACCUAUUUAUCAACACUGUCUUUUGCAAUCUAGGGGUUUAUAAAGCAACAUAAAAUAGCCAGGCUUCCCAUGGUCAUGGAAAACUUGGAAAUAUCAGGGAAUUUAAGAAUUGUGAUUUCCAGGUCUGGAAAACUCAUGAAAAUGAAUAAAAUAUUUUAAAGUCAUGAAACAAAAAUGGAAACUUAUAAUAGCAAAUAUAUGUUUUUAUUCUAGUUAUGCUGAGCUCUAAAAUAUUUAAUAGACUAUAAAUUGCUCUUUUGAGUGCAAUCGCCAUCAUCCAGUAAUCAAAACAACUGGAAAAGUCAUGGAAAUUCAUCGGUCAAACUUUAUAUUCAUUACACCUGACUGAAUCCAGACGAUUUAAGCAGUUAAUAGCUUCACUUUAGGGUUUGGGUUCCGCCUACAGUAAAUUAAUUACCAUUGGAAUUUAAUUGUGAUUCCCCCUCCUCAUGUAAAUUAGAUUUUAUAAUGAUUAUACAAUUUUGAAAUAGUAUGUAAUGGCCCAAUCUAUGGCUGAACGAUUUAGACAAAAAAAUCUAAUUGCAAUUAUUUAAAAAAAUAUUGCAAUUGUGAUUAUUAUGAAAAAUAUUGCGAUUUGAAGCAUGAUAUGAUAAACAUAAAAAAAUUCCUUUUCACCUAAAUUAAAUCAUGUUUUGCAUGUAAUAAAUCAUAUCAAGGGUGUAGUCCUCUUAAAAAAGAACGAAACUACAUAAAUAAAUAAAACAGAGAAAAUGUAUAAUCUGCACUUUCACAUUGCACCUGUCAACAGUGUACCUUUUUUGUCCGCUUUGUGAAAGGGUCUCAGUCCACUUGUCAUCAUAAUUUUUUUGGAACCCAGUCGCCUUUAUUAUAUUAUCAAUAUUAUAUAAUGUUAUAUAAAUAAUAAUUAUAUAUUAUUGUAAUAUAAUACUGAAUAAUAAUAAUUAAUAUUAUUAUUAUUGGUAGAAAUGGAAAAUAAAAAUAUAUUUCUGUAAAAAUGUCUCAACUUAAAAAAAAAGCUUAAUAAUAAUAAUUUGUUUAAGUUAAGAAAGUAUUACAGAAAAAUAUUAUUGUAUAAUAAUAAUAAUAAUAAUGCCCUCAUCUUCCCUUCUUUCCACAAAAACAUGGUGUAGGGUAAUUGGAAUUAUGCAAAUGUGAAAUAAAAGUGAAUCUGGAGUGGUUUGAAUAUAAUACUCUCAGCCUACGUAAGCACACCGAACCUAUCACGCAGUGCAAUCUGUCCCACAGGGCACCAGAAAAACAGCAAAGAAAGCUCUGAACAUUCUGAGCUUCGUGCGUGCUCAGGGUAUGUAUAAUACAUACUGUCCUUGUUUACAGGCAUUUAAGAUUUAGGAAACACUAGAGACAGAACAGAUCUGCGCACAUAAACGCAGCACAGUGGGCAGCCCGUUCAGACUAUUUAAUUAAAUCGCAGCCCUAGUGGUUUGAUAAUCGCACUAGGUCAUAACCAGAUUUCAAUUUUAUUUUGAUUAAUCAGUCAGCCAUAUCCCAGUCCCAAUGACCUAAUAUCCCAGUAUUUUAUAAUUUAUUGCUGUUAUCAUAUUACUCAAUGUGGUAACCCAGAUGUCACUGUAUUUUCUAUAUAGAGCUGCAAUUCUAUUACACAAAUGUUCAAAAACGCUCAACACGUGCCUGCUGUUGCAGUUAUGCUGCUGCUACGCUUACAUGCUGCAGAUACGAGACGUGUGAAAUAAGCCUUAUUCUGAAUCUUUGUAUCAGUAGUUAUUCUAAGUGCACAACUGAUCAAAUGUAACAAUUAAAGCAAAAUGUAUUUUAUAAGUGGGUGUAACUGUUAUUCUCUUCUUGUUAAGGCGGCAUUUUAAUGAAUGCGAGUCCUUUCUAGCCUGACCAAGAGACUGUUAAAACUGUAUAGACGCCUUGUAUGAAGACUCAAUGUUUAGUGUUUUGAUGGACCUGUAGAGCUAGUAUCCUUGUUAAUAGUAUAUUGUAUAUGUUAUAUUGCCUAAAAUAUCGAAACUAACUUGGGUUAUAAUCAGAGUGCGUAAAGAAUUCCGAUUUGAUUUCCACAAAAAAACAAAAUGAUGCUGCUGUACAGCUUUUACACCCAAUUUAAGUGAUAUCCAUGCAGAUGAGCUUGGCUGAGCAUUUCCAUGCUCACGCACUCUGUGCAUUAUCAUUGAAAAAGCAGCGGCUUAGGAUCUAAAUAUGUAUUUAGUCAUAUUAUGCUAUUACACUUUCCCUAAUAGUAAUCAUUUAAGCAUUUAAAGAUUUUCUGAACUCUUUAGCUCUGUAUCCACCUCUUGACAAGCAGUUAUCUAGAGCUGUUGCAGUUUCUUAAGCAGAUUUUUUUGGAUUUUGAGGGGAAUUUAUGGGGUUUUAUGCACUGAAGUUUGACCUAAAUGGUCCUUAAAUCUGAUCUGCUUUGAUUUUAAUAACCAUUUACUUAUGUGAAGUAUCUCAACUGAUCCUGGUUAGUACACAGUUGGGACAACUCAACAGUUGACUUAGUCAGCAGAAUUCUGUUUGCAAGGUAUGUAACAAACUACAUUGUAAAAACUGGUAACCUGCCAUUGUUACCUUAAGGUCUUUCUGCCUGAUCUAACACUUAAAAUUAGUUUUGUUGGUGUAACCUAAUAUAUUCAGCUUGAAUGAGUGAUGCUUAAUAAUAUUUUUGAGUUGAAUAAAACCAGCUAAUUUAGAUGUUACCACAUGAAGCAAAUUUUUAGGUUAACAAUUUUUACAGUGUGACUGUAUCAAUUAAAUGAAGAAUUAUUUAUGAUAAUGAGCUUUCCCCGCCACAACCUAGCAGGGCUUGUAAUAAUCAUAAGCAGAAGAAUUGAGCCUAUAAGCUGCCUUGGUGCCUUUGGACACACCCACCUCAAUCAGAGUUUUGAUGUGACAUUAGAGAUGUUCAAAACACAUUGUUAUAUUCUGCAAUGUCAUUUCCUGCUAGUAAAAUAAACAAUAACAUUCUUCAAAGACUUUCAUUAAUGCUUAAGUUGUAGUCUCAAAUGAAAUAUUCCAACUUUGCUCAUAAAUUGCACAUGAGAUUUUCCCUCUGUUUGCCAUAAUGUAGAGUUGUACAUUUGUGUGUUUGACCAAGUAUGUAGCUAUAUAUACAUGUAUGUGGGUGCAAUAUGAUUUGCAAAUGUAUUGUGAAUUAGCUUGUGUUUGUGUGCUUGUGCAAAGCUCAGAUGCUCUGUUGUGCGUUAUGUGUUUUAACCAGUGAGGACAAACUAUGUGAAACACUACUGUUCAGGGAGGUGGACAUUAUUCAACUAAAUAAAGAUCUAACUCAUUU